GGAGGCGGCCAACCGUGAACAAACGAAAGACACAACUAAAAACCAUGGAAAGUUUCCAACCUUCUCACCCAUCUAACCCCCCCAAUAUUCAAACCGAUACCCUCUAUUUUCUUCCCGAUCAUAUCUGUCAUUGAUUGGUGAUUUGGUUCCUUACCAACUUUGAAUCCCAUGUAUAUAAGCCGAUUCCAACACCGUUACAUUGACCAGCCAACCCCUUUCCUCUUUCCAUAUCCAAAGCUCUCUACCUAGUUAAACCCUGCAAACAGAACGAAGAUGAAUCCAAUCAAGCAUAUUGCUUAUCACGUUGUCAUGGUUUGCCUAUCCAUCUCUCUCAUCGUUCUUGGUAUUGUUCUCUACUUUAUUUGCAAAAAGAGAUCUGUUGAAUCCGAAGAACCACUUUCCAUCAAGCCUUGUGCUCGUGCAUACUCAUUGACGGAUAUUGAUACUGCCACUGAUGGCUUCAACCACCGCAGAAUUGUCGGCCGUGGCUGCCUAGGAACUGUAUAUGCAGCCAUACUUGAGCAAGGAGAACUAGUAGCUAUUAAGCGGAUUCAUCCACGGCUUGUUCUGAGCAAUGCGGGAUUUGGGUUUUCAAAGGUGAUCAAAUCACUUUCUUUUGCCCAACACCCCCAUGUAGUUCCGAUUAUAGGCUUUUCGGAAGCUCCUGGUGAGAGAAUUAUAUUAAUGGAGUUUGUUGGCAUGGCGAGUUUGGAUUUCUAUUUACAUCAAAACCCAGAUGGGGCGUCUCUGUUGGAUUGGGGCCACCGUUUGAGAAUUGCUGCCGGGGCUGCUCGGGGACUCGAAUAUCUGCACGAAGGCAUCGCACCGAAUAUAGUCCAUGGUUGUAUCAAGGCCUCAAAUAUUUUGAUUGACGAGAAAUUUUGUGCUAGAGUUUGUGAUUAUGGGCUAUCUUUUAUGGCACCCCCCGGGGAGAAAGGCUUUGAAGGGUAUGUGGAUGAUGAGUACUUGGGGGACAGAGGAGGUGGUGCUUGCAAGGAGAGUGAUGUUUAUGGCUUUGGGGUGCUUCUGCUAGAAAUUCUGAGUGGGAGAGGAAGUGAAGAAAUGCUACUUGUUAAGUGGGCAUUGCCAUUGAUCAAGGACAUGAGAUUUUAUGAACUUUUGGACCCAAGAAUAGUAAUUCCUUCUGAUAUAAAACCUCUUGUUAGACUGGCCAAAGUUGCUUCAGCUUGUGUUGGUAACUCAAGGAAGAGCAGGCCUUCCAUGGGUCAAGUGGCAUCAAUUUUGAACAAUUUAGAGACGGAGGUAUGUCUUUGAUUCACAGGUCUCUCCAAAACGAGCUAAUGAUUCAGUUGAGUUACAAUAUUCAGCACAAUUCAGAGUGAGAUUUUGAACAAAUUGGUGCCCCUUUAAGUCACGAGCAGAAGUCAAGUACUACUGGUCUAAAAUGGUUGCUGCUAAUAUCAUUUGCAGAGAAUUGUCAAGAGGAAAAUGAAGAAAUAGGAAAAAUGGGAGUAUUUGACUCUGAUCAAAUGCCAUCUUAAUGUUGUAGGUUUGAAACGUCUUUGCCAUGUUUUUUUUUGUCCCGUCUUUGAGAAUUACUCGGGGGAGCUCUUGGAAUGCAAAGGUGGGAUGGUGCCUCCAUAUUUUGGACGUGUUAAUCUUUUCUUUUCGUGUGGGUGAAAAGAAAGGGGGGGGGGGGGGGGGGGGUGGGUGGGGUCUCUCUAGCCCUCUUAUUUUGUGCAGUACUUUUUUGGCUUGAUUUGAUUAAACAUCAUCUGUAUAUCGUUAAUGUACAAUUAUAAACAAGGCCAUCGGCUACAAAGGAUUUGUGUUUUA